CAGAAGGUUUGAGUUGAUCAACUUUUACCGAGCUAAUAUCAGCAAUGGAUGCAAGUAACAAAUCUAAUAGUUUCGAUGAGAACCUCGUCGACCAAAAAGAUAUGGAUACAAACAGUGAUAGGAAUUCCUCGGACUCCCAGCCCCCGACUCCUCCUCCACCCUAUGUCGAUGGAUUCAACUGUAAAUACGAAAACAAUGCAACGGUCAUCAACGUAAAGGAAGAGACUGUAAAAAAUGGCAGUAUUCUUGCCAUGGACGAUUCAGAAAAAGAUCCUAUGUUAAACGAAGGAACGGAUGCACCGACUUUGAAAGUCGAGCGCCAGGGACUGAUUUAUAAAGUCAGCGAAAGCCCUCCUGUUCAUCUUUUAUUUUUCUUUUGUUUUCAGCAAUGCCUUCUUUGCCUGAAAUCGAGUAUAAAAUCCACCAUGCUGGUUUCUGAAGUUAUGUGCGCCAGAAACCACGGGGAAUUUAAGUCACUUAUCAUGUCAAUGAGUCUCCUCAUGUCUGGAAUGUGCACCUUUCUGCAGAAUACAGUGGGAUUCAGAUUGCCCGUCUAUCAGGGCCCUGUUUCAUCCUAUGUGCUCCCCCUUGUGGUUCUUCUUGAUGUGCCACAAUAUGCAUGCCCAGACAUCCAUACGUAUUAUAAUCAAACAAUCGGUAACGUUUCUGAAGUCAGUGAGGUGGUGAUAAAGGAUCUGUACUUCCAAGAAGUCAUCAUUCCCAGAUUUUUGCAGAUGUCUGGUGCGUUAAUUCUGGCGGGUUUCCUACACAUGUUUGUUGGUUUAACAGGAACCGUGGGGUUUUUGCUGAGAUUCAUUGGCCCUAUCACGGUCAUUCCCACAAUUCUUCUGAUCGGAAUCAACGUUUAUACCAUCACGUACAAGUUCUGCAGUACCCAUUGGGGUGUUUCCCUUUUCACUGCAGGCAUCGUUCUCAUCUUAUCUCUGUACAUGGACCGAUGGAAUAUGCCAAUACCUCUUUGGACGCCUAAGAAAAAAUUUCACAUUAUUCGAUUUCCACUCCAUCAAGUCUUUUCGAUGUUAAUUGCCGCAACUGUUGGAUGGACAACGUGUGUUAUUUUGACAAAUAUGGGCGUGUUCAGUGACGAUCCGAACAGUCCGGAGUUUUUUGCCCGGACUGACACCAGAAAUGAUGUUAUCCACAAAACACCCUGGUUUAUUUUCCCUUACCCUGGCAUGUACGGGACCCCUGGCUUUGAUGUCGGCGUUUUUUCGGCCUUUCUGACAGCCACCAUUGGUUCUAUACUGGAUUCUAUCGCGGACUAUUACGCCGUUGCUAGAGUGGUGCGUGUUCCCUCGCCCCCGGUCCAUGCAAUGAACAGGGGGAUUCUAGUAGAGGGGUUCAUGAGCAUGAUGGCGGGUUUCUGGGGCGCAGCUCACGGGACAACGACAUAUGCUGGAAACAUUGGAGUCAUCGGUCUAACAAAGGUGGCAAGCAGAAUCAUUUUCCAGCUGCUCGGUAUCAUGCUAAUGGUACUUGCUGUAUUUGGUAAAUUCACCAGUGUCCUCAUAACCAUCCCCUACCCAGUGGUCGGAGGACUGCAGGUCAUUGGUUUCGGUAUAUUCCUUGGACUUGUGUUUGGAAACCUGCAGUACAUUGACAUGAACUCUACCAGAAACCUUGCAAUCAUAGGCUUAUCAAUUCUAUGGGGUCUUAUCAUUCCUUAUUGGUCAAAAUUAAAUGGUGAUGACGUCAUCCAGACAGGGAGUGAUCAUGCUGACAACUUUUUGAAGAUGUUGACAAGAAAUCCGAAUUUUUCUGGUUUUCUUAUUGCCCUUAUUUUGGACAAUACUGUGCCAGGAACUCUGAAGGAACGUGGUAUGUUAAUAUGGCAGGGAGAGAACGAUGAAGAAGGGGCGGAUCAAGACGAGAAUUUGGAGGAGGGGCGGGAGGUGUAUGACAUCCCAUGUCUGACCAGGAUCCUAAAGAGAUACCGAAUUUCGUCAUACAUUCCAUUUCUACCCACUUACAACCUAAAUCAAACUAAGAAAGCUAACUAGGUCAAUGUCAAUUCAUUCAAAAUAAAUACGAUUUAAUUUAAUAUAUGACAAUAUGAAGAAUUAAACAGAAACCUUCUUGUA